AAUACCAAUAGAAAACAGGAGCUUUUUUUUGUAUCAUGUAAGUUUGAUUGAGUCUAGAUUCUAAGUACCUCAGGGUAAGAAGAUCUAAAACUAUUUAUAGACUACACAUCAGCACCAGCUUGCUUCCAGUUUCUUACUUUCAGUUUUGAGCAGACGACGGCAGACGUUCAUCGAUUCGGCUGUUGAUUUGUCUCUCUAGCUCUAGGCUAGAUCCGUAUCUCGGUUCAUUUCCAAGAAAUCUGUGAUUUCGAAAUAUUUCUUUUUUGUGCAGUUCUGGACAGUGUCAGUCGUAAUGUAACCUCGGGUAGAUAGAUAAUUGACAAUCACCACAGACAAUGUUAGAGUUAGUGCCUGUGAUGUGGACGUCGUUUGUCGUAUGGUAUGGACAUUGUGCUCUCAACGACGGACCUCUGUGGUGAUUGGAAUUGACAAUAGCAAUCAACACAAUAUUUCUGAGUGUCACAGCAUUAUUUUUCACUUUCAAUUCCUGCGCCUACUGUUGUUACACUGGGGCUAAGGCCUCUCUAGAUCUAUAAUCUAGAUCUAGAUUUUCUAGAUCUAGACAACAGUGGGAACGGUUCUGGCAGUAGUGGAGGAGGAGGAGGAGGUGAAAGAGGAGAGGGAGGAGAAUCAUGGACUUCAGCCAGAUAGCUGAGAAUGUGCUCAGUUUGUUCAGUCAAGACACAUUACAGCUCAUGGCGUACUGUAGCACACAGCACGCUGCAGGAUUCUCGCGUCAGAUGGCCUUGGCUGCAGCAUGUACGUCCAUUGAGGAAGACGCUGCAGCUCACAGAGCACGAGGGGACCUGCUGAAGGCAGAGCACUGUUUGUCUUUUCUCUUGGACGAGAAGGAAAUAGCGUGUGACGUCCCGAGGGAACAACUAGCUUCGCUGUUUAGACUGCGGGCCAUAUGCAGAGCAGACCAAGGGAAGACGGAGGCUGCUACACAAGACGGGAUGGAGAGUCUGAGGCUGAACCCUCACGUCUUAGAGGUCAGUGGUUGGAGAGUCUGAAGCUGAACCCUUACGUCUUAGAGGUCAGUGGUUGGAGAGUCUGAGGCUGAACCCUCACGUCUUAGAGGUCAGUGGUUGGAGAGUCUGAAGCUGAACCCUUACGUCUUAGAGGUCAGUGGUUGGGGAGUCUGAGGCUGAACCCUUACGUCUUAGAGGUCAGUGGUUGGGGAGUCUGAGGCUGAACCCUUACAUCUUAGAGGUCAGUGGUUGGGGAACAUUUGAGGUUGUACUCUCACGACUUAGAGGUCACCUCACGACUUAGAGGUCACCUCACGACUUAGAGGUCACCUCACGACUUAGAGGUCAGUGGAUGGAGAACAUCUGAGGCUGAACCAUCGCGACUUGGAGGUCAGUGAUUGGGGAUCAUUGACCCAAUGCUCUGUCUCUGGGCUUUGUUGUCAUUAUUGUUAUUGUCAUCCU